AUGGAGUCUCCGUGUUCAUCCAUUGUAAGUGCUCAAGAAUACGAGGAGGAAUUGCGUUCAUCCCCAACUGAAAUUUGGCCUCACACAACAGCCAGACAUAUAUUAGAGCAAUCCAACUCUCCUCGCACACCAUUGAAGUCUAAGACUUUCUUUCAACAACAACAACAACAACAAGAAAAAGAAGAAGAAGAGAUAUCCAAACAAUACUAUUAUGAAGAUCAUUCGGAAUCUCUAGAGAAUACUCCUCAAUGUAAGAGAAACCAUUUUAACUCAUUACAUCUAUAUAAAACUGAAAAACACUCUCUCUUGCCUACUUUUCAACGUGGUGAUGUUAAUGAUGCUGUUGGUGUUUCUGUACGUUUGGAAACGGAAUUUAUUGAUGCGACUCAUGGGCCAGAGUCUAGUAUGAGUAUAUUUAAUACUAUUCACACCACACCAGAUGGUCCUAUGCAUCUUUCACCAUUAAAAUCACGUUGUAUAUAUAGUAGUAACAGUAGAAGUGAAAUUCAUGGAAUGAAUGCGGUAGAGUCUACAUGUGUGUUUAUAGAUUCCACACCACUUCCCUUUUCUCCACACACACCACCUGAUAAUAUUAUUCCAUGCUCCGCCGCACAAACGCCACACAGCACACAUGUACCAUUAACACCACAUAAAUCUGCACGUCGACCAUCCACGCGAUUAUUAACACCAUCUGUGCAUAGACGCGGUACUCCAUCUGUGAGUGUUGGUGGGGCUUCACCAGGCCCCGCAUCUGGAAUGUUGAGAAGUGGAAGUCAUGUAGAUAUUCUUGCACCUAAUAGAAAUCCAUGUUCACCUUAUCGGGAUUAUGCAGGUACGUGGGGACUCACACCACCAUUGAAGUUAGUGGAUACCAUUGGAAUGAAUACAGCAACUGCCUUACUUGCGGAUAGUGUUAAUAGAAGUAAUAGUAAUAGUAGUAGUAGUGGUGGUAAUGGUGGUAAUGUUAAUCGUCAAUGCUCUGGUGUUUCCUCAAUGAAUAUAAAUGAAGGAAUGGAGUACUGUACACCACAGCGUGCGGAAGCCUGUAUUGUAUUGUUUGCCCAAACCGUUCCAACAUCUAAUGUACCAUCUUCACAAGUAUGUGCUUCUACAUAUUCUUAUUCUAAAAAGAAGGGUCAAGAUAAUAUGAGUUACUCCUUUAAUGAUAUUUCUCAUGAUAUUGAGAAUACCUCCGCUAUGACUGCAGAAGUAGAAAUAUCUGUUCAAACUGGUAAUACUUGUGAAGAAGGAAACGAAGAAGAAGAAGAAGAAAAGGUUGGUAGCUGUAAGAAUACUCCACAUAUGACUUCUCAUUUUGGUGGAAUACAACAAUCAAGUAAUUAUGUUUGUAAUAAUCAAAGCCAUUCAUUGGAAAGUAAUAAUGUCUCAUUACAAACGGAGUUUGGGGACUGCGAUGCACCAUUACAUUUCUCAACAGAGGAUGUUUCCUUUACGGGUUCAUCACCGCGAUAUAUUAGAUCCACAUGCAGUUUUACUGGACUAGAAGUUUCUCGAGCGUUGGGUGAAGAAUCCCCUAGAGCUGGAUUAAGUAUUUUGAAUUCCGUGCCUAGAUGGAGUUCAGGCUCUGGUUUACGUGAUGGAAAAAGUGGUUUGCCAGUGAAUGAUCAUACAGAACGUACAUCUGUAUUUUUUACAGAUAUGCCGAAUGGAGAUUCACAGAUAGAUCAUAAUAUAAAUGCUCUCAGUUUCUUAGCAGACGAAGAACAACAACAACAACAACAACAACAAGAAGAACAAUCACAACAACAAGAGCCAUUGAAUGGUACACUUUCUACGAGAUAUACAGAAAGUAAUGAUGGAUAUAUAAUAACACAUGCUGAACAUGAAAAUGAAGAGGAGGAAAAUGAUUAUCAUUCAUUGGUAUCUAUUAUAGAUGAUGAUGAUGAUGAGUUUGAACCUGGAGAUCGUUUUCGACAUCAUCAUCGUUAUCAAUUUCUUCAUUGGAUACCAUGGAGAAAAAUGUAUUCUUUUAUUCCUAUUCAUUUGGAUCGCAAUGGAGUUGUUUGGCUUGCGACCCAUCGCAUAGAUGGUCUUCCUUAUGCUGUAAAGGAAAUACCUUUUACAGAUAAGGAUUCUUUUCAAACAGAGUUGGAGUGUUUAACACUUGGAAAUGCUCCUAUUUCACCAUUACAACAACAAGCCGCAGAUCAUAUUGUUCGAUAUUAUACCGUAUCUCCUUAUAGUGUUGUAAAUGGAGGAUCUAAUAAUAAUGAUAAUGUGAUGUUUUUAUUACAGAUAGAGUAUUUUCCUCUUGGGAAUGUAAUGGAAUGGGCAUUAGAUCCAAAUGAAAUUCAACGUGGUAUUCCUUACACUGUACCAACAAAUGAUGUUUGGUUUCUUAUUUUACAACAGGGUUUAUUAGCAUUAGAUGCCCUUCAUAGUGUUCAUAUCAUUCAUGGAAAUCCACUUCCCUUUAAUUUAUUUAUACAUUCUCAGAGACAUUAUAAACUUGGUAACUUUGGAAGUGCUGUAAAGUUACCAAAUGAAUAUCCUGUAGGUACACCAGAUAUAUUUUUACCAUCUAUUAUGGAGAAUAAAGAGAACUUCACUCCCUAUGAAAUGGAUAUCUUUGUAUUUGCAAAGGGUAUACUACAUCUUCUUACACAGUGUAUAUUGAAACGUAAAGAGAACAGCAAGAAAACAGAUACACAUACGAGUGAUAUGUUAAAUCAUGAAUAUAAUUCUUCUUCUACUACUAAUACUAUUAAUACUAUUAAUACUACAACGAUUGAUAUUCUUAAUGAAGUUUCAUUUCAAGAAUAUCGAGCAAAUGGGUUUCAUGAUAUUUCUGAUAAUAUAUGGAAUAUUUUGCAGGCUGCACUUCACAGGACAUCUAUUCAAGUUUUACUUAAAAUGUUAAAUACCCCAUCACGUCUAUUGUGGGGUGUUAUCUCUUUAUUGGACACAGAGGAACUUCGACUACGGCAGCGGAAACAUCAACUCCUUAAAGAAAUACAAAAACGAAAAGAAAAUAAACAUCACGAUAAUAGAAAUAUAUCAAACUCUCCAAAGAAUGGCUUUGUUGAUCCUUAUCAUCAUACUCACCAUCCUCAUCAUCAUUAUUAUAUGGAUCCUAUUUCUUUUUCCUCUUUACGUCAUCCACGACAUAUUUCUCCUUCUUCAUCGGAGAAGCAUAGACAUUUAUCUAAACUGCAGGAUCCGCAAACUUCAUUCCCUUUACCCUCCGUCGUGUCGUUUCCUCUUCUUGGCCCUUCUCUUGCAUCUCGACGUAUGUUUACAGGAGGAGGACCUUCUGUUGUUAAUAAUAAUAAUAAUAAUAAUAAUAAUAAUAAUAAUAAUAAUAAUAAUAAUAAUAAUAGCAGUGAAACUGUGCCGUGGACAACGGUAGUGCCAAGUUCACCAUUUCAGUCAAAGUUAGAGAGGAAUCUUUUUACAACCCAUCCACAUUCCAAUACUCUCAACAGUGAAUAUAAUGCCUCACCGCUUUCCUUGGCACAUGAUCUCUCUUAUCAAAGCCAUUUACACUCAUCCUUUUCCUGUUCACGUCAUUCUAAUGGUGUUAAGAAAAGUAAACGAAGUGUACGACGUCUUUUUGAUGGGGAUGGGGAUUCUGUUUCUCUACCUGGUUCUUUGGGAAUGCGAUCUGUAUCCCGCAGGCGGACACGUGAUGAGAUGUUUACAUCUUCUUCUCAUAAUAAUAAUAAUAAUAAUAAUAAUAAUAAUAAUGCUUAUAAUAAAGUAUUGGAUGAAAGUCUUGGAUGGACAUUACGGUAUGUGAUCUCGGUAAUGCAUUGGCCCUCUACACCAACUGUUGAUAUCUUACGUGAGAAGGAAAUCUCUUCUUCUUCUACACCGAUCUUAUCAUCAUCAUCAGCUGCUGCUGCUGCUGCUCCUUUGCCUCCCAUAAGACCUCUCACAUCGUGGGAAUAA